AUGACAAGAUAUAACGCAACACGAAAAAAGAAAGAAAGAAAACGGAAAAAAGAAAAAAUUUCCCCAUCAUCAGACGCGAAAAUAAAGAAAAAGAAACUUAAGAAACGGAAGAAUGAAGUUAGCGAUGUACAACAAUUUAAAAUUGAUAAGGGGACUACAGUGGAUAACACGGGUGGUAGUAUAAGCACAUCGCAAUCUAAUAGCGAAAGUAAUCAUAGCAUUGCCGUGGAUAACGAGGGUAACGGUAGAAAAUCAUUGGAUGACAUGGGAUUCAGUGAAAAUUCUCUGUACAGCAACGAUAGUGAGGACGGAGUAAUCACAAAUGAUGUGGGGACUAAUGUGGUCAUCCAGGAUAGGGAAGAUUGUGUCGUGAUGAAAAAGGAUAGGGAAGAUUGUGUCGUGAUGAAAAAGGAUAGGGAAGAUUGUAUUGAGAUGAUGAAGGAGAAAAGUGAAAAAAAGAAAGUGAAACGAAAAAGAUUUCUGGAAUCAAGUGACGAAGACAAUGAAGAAAGACCAAGUAACAAAGGAAAAGAAUCGUCCAUCACUGAAACACAAGAUGAACAACAACAUUCUCCGAGUAACAAAUGCCAUCAAAAUGAAAAGAAAAAUAUCGACAAAACUAAAGUCAUAAAAGGCACUGAGAAACCAAAGAAGAAAAAAGAUGAAAGUGGAAAGAAAGAGAGGAAUGGCGAUAAACGAAAAAAAGAGAAUGCAACAAAGCUAAAGAAGGCAGUUGAGGAAGAGAAGCCGAAAAAGAGAGAAAAGACUAAGGAGGGAAUGAAAAGCAUUACACGAAAGGCAAAGAAGACAAAAUUCAUUCGCCCUAUGAAGUCUAAAAAAGAUUUAAAUGAACAGACUGUCAGUAAAAACAAGAAAUUGGCGUCAGAGUUUGAUGUAAAUGAAGAAAUCAAUUACAAUGAAGAAUUUGAAGAUCAUAAUUUGGAUGAAAUGAAAUCAUCAAGGAAAGAUAUUAACACACGUGAAAAAUACUGA